CGCACGCGCGUUGAUUAUUUUCAUGCAUCUUUUUCAUCCUGUCAGACUGAGGAAAUUAGAAUAACAUUUACAAUGUAGGACAGGCUAUCCUUUGGUGUUGUUUUUUGUACAUGAAGUCAAGUACAAUUCAGUAUUUUUUGUGAUGGAUUUUCAAGUUCUUUAUUCUGAAUCCUGAGUAUGUUACUUAUUGGAUUAUUACUUUUCACGUUUCUUGUGAAUCCUAUUUCAACUGAAAUCUCUGAUUUAGAGGCCUUACAAUUACAAUGCAAAGACGGAACGUUUGGGUAUCGCUGUUUGUUCACCUGUCGUUGCUAUAGAGACCGAGUCUGUGACAAGGAAACUGGAAGAUGCCCACGUGAUGAGUGUGCCAAUGGAUUCUGGGGACAGGGCUGUCAAUUAGACAACAACUGCUUUUACAAUGGCCGGGCACGGAGUUACAUGGGGACUAAGUCGGUAACGGACAGCCUGUUUACGUGUCAACGUUGGGAUUCACAAGUCCCACAUAGACACUCGUAUAAUGGAAACGACUUUCCGGACCGCAGACUUCCGGACAAAUUUUGCCGGACAACAAAAGACGCCGCCAGACCUUGGUGUUACACAUCAGACAAAGACAAACGAUGGGAGCAUUGCAACAUCAACAACUGUAAUUGUCCAACAUGGCGCUUUGGACCGAAUUGUGAAAAAGAGUGUCAUUGUGCAGACAUCAGUGAAGCGUGCGACAGUAUCCUUGGUAUCUGUUCCAGCGGCUGCGCACAAGGCUGGGAAGGCUAUAACUGUCAAACUCCUACGGCAUGUCCAACUAACAAGUAUGGCUGGGAUUGCACCAAAACCUGCUAUUGCAAAAAUCCACUCCACUGCAAUCGUUACACCGGACCUACAGACAAAUGUGAAUGCAAAGAGGGCUACUUUCACCAGGGGGAUGGGUUCUGCCAAGCAGUUACACCCCCUGAAAUCCUUUACUUUAACAACGACAAGGUCAAUCCCGGCCAGCCAGCUAUUUUUAACUGCACUGUCACCGCCUACCCCACCCCGGGGAAAGACGAAAUCAGAUUAGAAGGGAUUUCAUCCGACCGAAAAGUGGAACGUCUGCAAUCCAAAGAGCUGAACCCGUAUCUGUACACCCGGUUCAACGUCUGGAAGGUGGACAGCGUUAAAGAGGAGGAGACAGUCACCUGUGCCGUGUCAGGGAAAGCGGGGACCAAGACUCGGACCAUCAAGGCCAAUGUUUACAAAUUACCUGUUUUGUCCCAACCCCCCAAAAUUGCAAAAGAAGGCCCUGGGGUAAGAGAAGUCGUCAUAACGUGGCUCCCGUGGAGUAAGGCUAACGGGGAUGUGGGGGAACCGCCCAUCAUGUGGUACAGCAUCUGGCUCCAAAAACUCGGCACCGGCCGGGAGGAGAAAGUUGGUAUAGUGACACACUUUAAUUGUGGCAAAGAGUGCAACUUUACCAUAGACGAAUUAGAACCAAAUACGGAGUACGCGGUGAGAGUUUCAACACGCAGGGACGGAGAGGGAGGCGAAGGACCCCCUGGGCCGCCAAGGAGGUUUAGAACGCUUUGUGGAGCUCCCAGUGAGCCCCCGCUGAUCGAAUCGGUCACCAGUACCUUUGAGUACAAUUCCUCCUUCCCGGAAACACAAUUAAUAGUCAUGUGGAGGGAUCCUCCAAUGCAGACCUGGAAUUGUAACAAUAUCAGUACCUACCUCAUUCAUCUAAACAGUAAAUCUACCGACUACGGACAACGUAACGCCAUCUUGGUUUCUGGUGAUACACCGGGAAAUUUCAAAAAUAUCAAGAGUGCUGUCAUACCUGACCUAAUUCCUGCCACGACGUACUGUGUCACAAUGAGCUUUGCUAACGGUCAGGAGAUGCAUAGCCCGAAAUCCGAAGAAAAGUGUUUAGUUACUUUACAAACAACACCUGCUGCCCCCCGAAACCUGAAGUUAGUGAGGCGAAGCAGUGCCUCAAUAACAGUCACGUGGGAGGCCCCAUUGAGGAGUUCCAAAGGAAUAAAGGCCUAUAUGAUUAUCCUGUGGAAGGGGUUCUGGAAAGAAAUGGCCCAGAAUACGAAAAUAGAGGUCCGCCCUAUCUCCAGUAAAAUGGAAUAUACGAUUGAAGAUCUGGAAUCAAACACACAAUACAACAUACAGGUCAUGGCCGUUAAUUCUGCCGGUGAAGGUGACCCCACGCCCACUCUUUCCGUGACAACUUCAGAAGGAGUUCCUUCUGAAGUUACUUCCUUCAAAAAUGAAUCUCGGACUGAUAAUUCCAUAUCGCUUGUUUGGAAAGAGCCAACCCUUAGUAAUGGGAAAAUCAAAUCCUAUUUGGUUUCUUGUGGAUAUGGGAACUCUAAACUCCAAGAGAAAAUAGUCCCGAGCACCGCCAACCGUGUUACUAUAAAUGGAUUAAGGAGUGGGACCGUGUAUAAUUGUAGCAUCAGCGCCGCUACCAACCAAGGAUACGGACCUACCAAAUCAGUCUCAGUAUGGACCAAGAGCAUAGAUCCUAUCCAACCACCUGCUCCUGUUAUUUUGGAACGAACGCCUACCACAAUGACUAUAUCCCUUCAGCCUCUUAAUGAAGAAAACAUAAGUUUUUACCGAAUCAUAGUAGAAGAAACAUCGUCCGCAUCAUCCUACAGAAUUUCAAAACGAGGCGUUGCAGAUGGAAUACGUGACGUCAGAUUGGAUUUCAAACGUGCAAAAGAACGUGAUAUCAGAGCCUAUAUUGCUGCUCAACUACCACGUGAUCAUUCCUACCAGUUGUUUAUUGUUGGUGACAACAACACAUAUGAAGGCUAUUAUAAUGCACCGUUGGAGCCUCGUCGCGAAUAUUCCAUUUGGUAUGGCGCCUACACCAUACUGGACGGGAUGGAGAAAAAGUCAUUCUCGCUUGCCUUAAGUGAAGAGGCACGGCGAGUUACAACGGCUCCGGAGAACAACCAUGUCCCGGUCAUUGUCGCAGUCAUCGUCGUUUUCAUCUUACUCAUUCUCGUCUUUGCUCUGUUUCUCUUCUUGUGGAGGAAACGACAUAUUGCAUCCGAGAGAGAAAAAGCAGAGAUGCCCAAUUUUGGUCCCACCAUCAUUCCAGAACCCGACACUUCCACCCCGUCUACGCCCGUUGAAUUAGCACAAUGGUACAGAAACGAUAUAGAGAUAGAACCAUUAAUUGAGCCCAGUUCCGGUACGGACGGGGACUCAGAACCAGUUUAUGGCAAUGUAGGUCUCUGUACGAUUGUUCCGGUCAAGGUCGAAGAUCUCUGGGAUUAUGUCAAGGCCAACAAGAUAAACGAAGCAGAGGGCCUCAAACGCGAAUACAGACUGAUUCCUGCUGGUUUGACGGCAAGCUGUGAAAUUGCCAAGAAAACAGAAAACAAAGACAAAAAUCGUUAUGGAAAUAUCAUUGCUUACGACCAUUCACGUGUGAUACUGAAACCUGUAAAUGGCGAUAUCCAUGACGAUUACACAAAUGCUAAUUUUAUCGAGGGUUAUAAAAAACCGAAAGCUUACAUUGCAGCACAGGGGCCAACAAAAUCUACAAUGAACGACAUUUGGAGAAUGGUUUGGGAAGAGAAGUCAAAAACAGUUAUUAUGUUGACCAACCCAACAGAAACGGGAAAGAAAAAAUGUGAGCAAUAUUGGCCAGAUGCUGGGGAGACAAAAGAGUACGCCGGCAUUAAGGUCAAGCAAGUCUCAAUCGAGAGUCUACCAGAUUUCUCAAUAAGAACAUUCCAUAUACAAAAAGAUGGUGAGAAUCGAACCAUUAAACAGUUCCAUUAUACCACUUGGCCAGAUCACGGAGUUCCGAGGUUUGGACACUCCUUAUUGCUGAUGAGACAAAAGAUCCGCGCCUAUGAUCCAUUAAAUAAUGGACCGCCAAUUGUCCACUGCAGUGCGGGGGUGGGGAGGACAGGAACCUAUAUAGCUGUGGACGUGAACCUAGAGGAAGCCAAACACGAGGGAAUCAUAGACGUUCACAAUUUUGUCCAGUUGAUGAGAACACAGCGAGUCAACAUGGUUCAAACACUGGAACAAUACAUCUUUGUGUAUGACGUUUUGCUGGAAGCCUUAAUAUGUGGGGAUACUACAAUCUCCACGUCCACUUACCCCGAGGCCUUGUCAGAAAUGUUGGAAUAUGAUCAAAGCAUCGGCAAAUCUAAACUCGAGGAGCAAUACGAGGUAUUAAAUCUGAUAUCAUCUACAAUGGAGAAAGAAGACACAUCUGCUGCCUUAAAACCAGAAAAUAUUUUCAAAAAUAGGGACAAAAACGUUGUGCCAGCCAACAGAUGUCGCCCCUACCUAGUUACACCCGUGGAAGAUUAUAAUAACUACAUUAAUGCAGUCUUUCUGAACAGUUAUCGGCGUAAGGAUUCCUUCAUUGUAACUCAGAUGCCCUUGCCAAACACUGCCGUGGAUUUUUGGCGAAUGAUUUACGAUCAGAAUUCUUACUGUAUCGUCAUGUUGAAUGAAAUUGAGGAGAGCGAUGAAAUGUGUCAACAGUAUUGGACAUUAGAAACCUGUGGUGAGAAGUUUGGACCUUUCAUUGUGGAAACGACAGCCGAAAUCAAAUCUGAUCCAAGUAUUAGUGUGAGGGAUUUCACCAUCACAAAUACUCUAAAUCCACAGGAAGUUCCACGUGUGGUCCGUCAGUUUCACUUCCAUCGCUGGCCCGAGGGUUCCCCCGUCCCUAACACCAAAGCUUCUCUACUGGACCUGCUAGAGAACGUGGAAACGUGGCAGAAACAGUUCAAAAACACUCCCGUUACUGUCCAUUGCAUGAAUGGGGUUGACCAGAGUGGUCUGUUUGUGGCGGCCAGUUGUAUUGUGGAGCGGAUCAAAACCGACAGAGAGGUGGAUGUAUUUCAAUCUGUCAAACAGAUGCGACUUAAUCGAUCUCAACUUAUUUGUAACAUGGAACAAUACCGAUUUUGUCACGAGUUGGCACUGGAAUACGUACAGUCAACGUCGGCAUCAUGACGUUAUUUGUGACGUAAGGGGAUUUUUGCUGAUCAAAGUUGAAAAAGUGGUGCUGGCGACUUCAAUACCAAAAAUUCAAGAUUUCUGAGUCGCAUACUUGGAAUAUAUGGUGCUAAGUGUCAAAGAAAUACAACCAAAUUUGGUUCCUAUUUUUCUAACCAAAAGGAUUUGGUGACUGUAAGCGAAUAUUUCUUCAUGAAAAUCGUAAUGAAUGUUGUUUAUGUGUUCUCUUCUGUAAUGGAUCGAGAAAUAAAUGACAAUGGUUUUAUGUGAGGAAUAACAUAUCUCUCAUCCUUAGAAAAAAUGAGAAAAUGUUCAUGAUAUUAAAUCAUUACAUUGGUAACUGCUGUAUUUUAAUGAAUGCUUUGUAUCAUCGUUCAAUAUCUGUGAUAUAUUUUGACAGAAAAUGUAUUUAACUCAUCAAAUCUAGUCGAGAAAAUGUGCAAUAUAUUACAACACGAAAGAAUGAUAUUGUAAAUAAAAGAAAGUGACGUUUGUGAA